GCUGGGCGGGGGGAGCGCCCGUGAGCGGCCAGCGCUUCCGGCCGCCGCGCGGAGCCCGGGGCUGCCCGCUGUUUGCAGAAAGAAGAAAGAUGGAAAGUAAUGCAGUUUUGCUAGAAUCAAAGUCCUCACCGAUAAAUCUUCUGAACGAAAUGCAUCAGUUGCGUCUUCUGGGCCACCUUUGUGAUGUGACGGUUAGUGUGGAGUAUCAAGGUGUUAGGGGAGAGUUUGUUGCUCACAAAGCUGUAUUGGCAGCAACAAGCAAGUUCUUCAAGGAGGUGUUUCUUAAUGAGAAGAGCAUGGAUAGCUCAAGGACAAACGUGUUCUUGAACGAGGUCCAGGUAGCUGAUUUUGCUUCAUUUCUUGAGUUUGUCUAUACUGCCAAGGUAGAAGUGGAGGAAGACCGAGUGCAACGUAUGCUGGAAAUAGCUGAAAAGCUUAAGUGCUUGGACCUGUCUGAAACCUGUUUUCAGCUGAAGAAGCAGAUGCUUGAAUCCGUGUUGUUGGAGUUGCAAAAUUUCUCUGAAUCGCAGGAUGCUGAGGAGGACAGUGGUACCCAAUCAAAUGCUUUACUUGAGUUGAAGACAACUGUUGUGGCAGAAGGUGACCAUACAGACUGUCUUCCUGAUUCUCCCAGUUCCCCCAUGGAAAGACCCAGCAAUGGAGUGUCCCCUGAGAGGCCAACUGCCAAAUCAAAAGAGAAGGUUGACAAGAAAAAAGAAACCAUGAAGCCUCCCUAUGCCAAAAUCAGAAGGGCCAGCGGGAGGCUGGCUGGGAGGAAAGUAUUCGUAGAAAUCCCCAAAAAGAAGUACACAAGGCGAUUGAGAGAGCAACAGAAGAAUGCCGAGGAUGCUACUGAAGAGAACAAGUUCCCAAAAGACCAAAUCAUGCAUGAUGUGGAGAAGGAAGAGGGGCAAGCGGAGAACAGUGUGAAGCCUGAGAAUGAAGAGUGCAAUGGCAACUUUGAAUUAGAAGACAACUUUAAAAAAUCAGAGGAGGAGAAGAAGAAACGAGGCGGCAACUUCAAAUGCAGCACGUGCAAGAAGGAAUUCCUGUACGAGAGGAGCUUCCUCAAGCACAUAAAGCACAGUCAUGGCAUUGCGGCUGAAAUCAUUUACCGGUGCGAAACCUGCGGUCAGACCUUUGCCAACCGGUGCAAUUUAAAAAGCCACCAACGCCACGUCCACACCAGUGAGCGCCACUUCCCUUGUGAACUCUGUGGUAAGAAGUUCAAGAGGAAGAAGGACGUCAAGAGGCACAUUCUUCAGGUUCAUGAGGGUGGUGGGGAGCGUCAUCAGUGCCAACAGUGUGGAAAGGGUUUGAGCUCCAAAACUGCUUUGAGGCUUCAUGAAAGGACGCAUACAGGCGACAAGCCUUAUGGGUGCACAGAGUGUGAGGCUAAAUUUUCUCAGCCUUCUGCACUUAAAACACACAUGAGAAUCCACACUGGUGAAAAACCAUUUGUCUGUGAUGAAUGUGGUGCAAGAUUCACACAGAAUCACAUGCUUAUAUAUCAUAAAAGGUGUCACACAGGGGAAAGGCCUUUUAUGUGUGAAACAUGUGGGAAGAGCUUUGCCUCUAAGGAGUACUUGAAACACCAUAAUAGAAUACAUACCGGAUCCAAGCCGUUUAAAUGUGAAGUUUGCUUCAGAACAUUUGCACAGAGGAAUUCGCUUUACCAGCAUAUUAAAGUUCACACGGGUGAACGGCCCUAUUGUUGUGAUCAGUGUGGUAAGCAGUUCACACAGCUCAACGCAUUGCAGCGCCAUCAUCGGAUACACACGGGGGAGAAACCGUUCAUGUGCAAUGCGUGCGGGCGAACAUUCACGGAUAAAUCCACCUUGCGGCGGCACACUUCAAUACAUGAUAAGAAUACACCCUGGAAGUCUUUCCUGGUUAUUGUUGAAGGAGUGUCUAAGAACGACGAAGGUCACAAGACAGAGCUUCCUGAUGAAGAGUAUCAUGUGUCACCUAAAAUAACAGAGAAGUUGCUGUCUUUUUCUGAAAAUGGCCACUAUCAAAACUUGACUGCUGUCCCAGGGAGUGUGACUGCACUGCAUGACAACAGUUCUUCUAUCGGGACAGACUGCAAAUCGGAUGGGACUGUGGGACCCCAAGAAGCCCUCCUAGCUACCACCUUAAGUGAACUUACGGUACUACAUACACAGACAGAUGCUAUUCAGCCACAGCUCCAUGCUCUGGUGAAUAUGGAAUAAUUUGGUAUUGUUCACCAACCCAGCCUAGGCCAUACCUCUAAUAACUUCUGACUUUGCCAGGAACCUAGUGAUGUAAUUAGGAGAAAGCAUAGCCCCUAAAGGAAGAGGGACUAGUCGUGGAUGACAUUCAUGUCCUCCUCACCCUUAAAACACCACCAAACUGUAAUCUUCAAUUUGCAUAGUCUAGCGGUAGCUCCUUUUCCCGGCUGAUAGUUGUUGUUCUACUUUAUUCAUUUCUUGAUUUUUCUGUACCCUCUGUUAUGAACGUGGGAAAUAAUACAGUCACUUCAGAGAGCAGUUAACCUCAAGCAGAGCAUAUGAAGACCUGCCAUUGUUUUAAUCUCUGGAAAUCUGACUAUGCAGUCUCCUCUUCGCUACCCUUCCUGCAAAGGUGUGGUAAGCCCUUCUUCCUUUUGUUCGGAUGGCUUGAGUGCAGCUCCCUUAGAAAGGAAGGGAUGUGGGUUUUUUGUGUUGUUUCUUUUCCAAUUCGAUUCCACAGGAGUGAACAAAACAGAAAUAUUGUGUUACUUGUGGGCCUAACAGUUAAUCGAAUAAAUACUUUCCUAGUAAAAGUUUGUAAGUAGAAAAUAAAAUUCUGUUAAAUUUCAUUUCAGGAAGUGUUUUAAUCUUGGCUUUACCAAAGAUUCAAGCAGAAUCAUUUUAGUAUUUGGAAAAACCAAUGGGAACAAGAGUGGGAAAUGCAUGGAGUUACAUUCCAAUAGUGCUUAUUUUUCCAUAGCAAAAAUGUGGAACUUGUAACCUGUGGGUUGGAACCAGAUUGUGCUGUUAUGGAACUCACUCCAAUAAGAAGUGUCAAUUGUGAAUUAGCAGGAUCACUAAUCUAUUGUUUAGUGAGUUAUUUUAAUAACUAAAGGUAAAUUACUGCUUCAUUGUCACCAACUUUUACACUAAAUUUGAACUCAAGCUCUGAUCUUGCAACUGGCUCUGCUGGUGCAGAUCUGUAUUGACUAAUGUGGUUCCAUUUAAGCACAAAGGGGUCUCUCCUGAUAGAUUCAUUUGUGGGAUAGGGGCUGUGGGGUACAGGUGAUAAGUGGGAUACAUUAAGGCCAUUCAAGUAGUUUCAGACUCCAAACUUUACUGUUGAAAACUUUUUAUAGAACUUGUAAAGAAAAACAUCUUUGUGGUUAUUUCAAGAAGCCUUUUCUAAGUCAGUGUUGGAAAUGCAACCACUGCAGCUUUGGGCUAGUGCCAAAAAUAAAUGACAUCAGUGCAGUUGUUUAUAUUUUUUAAGCUUUUGUUUUCCUGAUUAGAAUGGUAUUUAGUAUCUGAGGUGAAAAAUUUAACAGGAAGAUAUUGACAAUGUGCCUUUUUUAAAUGUCAAGGAAGGUAGUGCUUGCUCCAAUAUCUAUUAAGGCAUUAGGAGUCUUCCCAUUGACUUCACUAGGCAUUUGGAGCAGCCUUUAUGGGUUGAAUUCUGCAAGCUAUGCUCCCAUGAAUGAUCUGAUGGUUAAUGGCACUUCUCAUGGGUGUUGAGUGUUAACCUAGUAAGAGACUGCAGGAUCAAACAUUUCUGUGGAACCCCCCUUCCCCAUACCUUCUACAAAAAUCUGGUCAAGUUCAGGGUGUUAGUCUCAUUGUAAAAUAAGCAGUAGGACAAAAACUAUCUUACAAGCAGUAAAGGGAACACAAGUGGGAUGUCUCAGUACAACCAGUUUCUUUCCAUUGCAAGGGGUUUCACUUUCCAAGUUAAGAUAUACAUUUUCCCUCACUAAGAAUAAACUAAUGUUCAGUUAACCUAUCAUUUAUAGUGUUUUCUUUGUUCUGUGAGCAAAUUACAUGUGUUGGUGUGUGUAACUGAGCAGAGGCUGACUGGGUCAGUGAAGAAGGCCUGAGCCUGUUCCUACUGAUUUUAAGUAGAGCAGAAUUAGCCCUAUAGUUAAGAGUAUUUUAAGAUGAAGCUUUCAACAAUUAAACAUCUUAAUCCCACUUGCCUUUUUUCAAAAGAUCACUACAAUUUUCUGCUUUUGAAAGCAUUGGUCAAGUAGUUUGCUACUAACAGAGCGAUUAACUGUUCCAUAUCGGGCCAAAUCUUCUGCUGUGUCAGUUUAUAGCAGCUGAGGAUCUGCCCUUCUGAUUUUUGCAGAUAUUAAAUUUUUUGGUGACGGUUUCUUAAUGUGGGUGUUGUUUAAGUAGCAGUUUGAGAAAAACUUGCUGAAAGUUAAGCACAUGCAUCACUAUCGCCCACUCCUAAAAGACUUACUGGUAGGCAAAGCAAUAAAAAUAACCAAACGAUGGACCAGAGUUUGGGGGGUUUUUUGAACCUUAAAGGAGCUUCUGAUGUUACCUUUGACCCCUAGCUUAAUCCAGGAAAAGGGUUAAAAAAACAGCUUUCCAGGAGGUUAUAUUUGACAUAUUUAUUCAAAAAUUGUGUUCUGAGUGUUGAAGUUCAAAUGAUUCCUAAUGACCAAUGUACAGUGUUUGUAGAUAUAUUUAAAUCCUGAGUAUUAGUACCUGUAGACAGGGGAAGUUUUUGUAUUCCAUGAGUGUAUGGAAGUGAGUAACCUGUACAAACUAUUAAAUCCUAUUAAAAUAUUGAACUAGUACUGCCCUUUCUGUAAGUGACUUGCUUGGAGUACCAGAUGGGCCUCUUCCCUGAGAACUAUGCAUUGUAUAUUGCAGAGAUCUGAUGAUUUUAUGUGAUUACAGUAGCAGGCCCCUGGGUACUUUUGCAGUAAUUCUACAGAAGUUGCUACUGACCAACUGGUGCCUUAGGCCUAAUCAUUCCAUUGUUUGUUACUCUGUUUUGCUUCCAUAGUGCUGAUAAACAGUUCUGCAACAAUGUUAAACGUGCAUCAGAAAACUCUAAAGGACUCAUCACUUUUCACAAGUGAACAAAAUCACACUGUAAACCUACGAACUUCAAUUGUACAGGCUUAUCUGUACAGGUGUUAGGUGCAAGGUGAAAUUCAGUGCACAGCAUUCUGAAGAGUUACACAUUAAAUAUGCAGAAUCUGGAACCACUUGCUGCAGAGCACUCUUUGAAGGAAAGGGGCUUUACUGUUAAAAAUACUACUCCUAUCAAACCAGGGAGUUUAAGUACGUAGCAGUAGCCAUUCACCAGAAAAGAAUGCAUCACAAUUACUUAAUUUUUAUUUUAUUACUGUACUGCUUCACACAAAACAAUCUGUUCCUGCUAAGGCCAUUUCAUUAUUAGUUUUCAUAGUAGAUUCUUGACCCGAGGGAAGGAAAAAGAACACCCUGACAGAUUUGCUUUAUGAUUUACAUAAACUGGUAUAUCACAGUUUACAGAUGACAUGCUGCUAUACAAAAUCACCAAGGUUUGCAUUUAGACAAAACUACUACAUUAUAGAGCGCAUUAAUAACAGAUCACAGAUUAGUACAUAGAGUUCUGGUACAUCAUCAGCAAUUUAUGCAUACUAUCAUAAUUGUGCAAAAAUACUGGUUUUUUGGGUUCUGGAAAAAUAAAUUAACCACACAAAGUAAAAUGUAACCAGUGCCAAGUUGUGCUUAAAAAAAUUCCACAAUUUCUGUAUUAACAAAAUGUGCCUAUCAUGUGGUGAUACCUGUGUAGGAUUUUCACUAAAGUUGGCUGAACUGUGUUUUAUCUGAUCUCAAAUUAUAUGUACUAUGGCAAGACUAUAUGUAAUCAAGAACUAUGUUCCUUUCUGAAUAAGGAAAGUUAUGCAACUUGAAAAAAGUAAUGCUCCUCUACUAAACAAAGCUUGACACCUCAUUUCUUCUUAUACAAGUGCUUUUUCAAAUAUUUAGGACUACUGUAGCCUAAACAUAAGCAUGCAUAUAUUUUCCUCUCUGGGUUGUCUGUGUAGAGAAUCAGCUGAAGCUGAGUCAAUACAGAUAUAGCACUCAGGUGUGACAAAUUCACCCCUGAGCAACAGCUCUGGUGCCUUAACCCUCUUGUAGAUGCAGUUAGAUCAACAGGAGAAUGCUUUUAUGUGCUAGUGCUCAGGGCCAUGGUUUUCUUACAGUGACAGAAAAACCCCUUCCAUAGCUGUAGCCACACGAUAGGAUUAUGUUAGCAUAUAUCCGUUUAAAGAAGAGUCAGAUUUGUUCAGGCAUGGUUCCCUAGAGGGAGAUCCAAGUCAGUCAUUUCUAAUGGGACCAGCCCCUGUAAGCAAGUGUUAAUUGUGCAAGUUGCAGCUUUAACAUUUCCUAACACAUCUGAGUCUCUUGCUCAUCAGAGCCAGCCCCUCCCAGUCCCCUUUUGGCCACACAUCUCCAUCCGACAAGGAGGGAGAAAAGGCUUUUGUACAAUUUCAAUGAUAACUCACUAGUGCUAUUCAUUCCAACUACAAGAAAAGUCACACUCCCUACAUAGCACAAAGCCCUUCCUGGUUUAGUUUAUAAAUACACAUCUAGAAAACAAUCAAGUAGAAGAAAGAUUAAAUUGAUUGUUGAUGAGAGUUGA